AUGCGUCCGUCGCAGGCGAAGCGGGGAAUCGAUUCGAUCUGGAGGAGCUGCGUAAUCAGCAAAGCGGAAAUAAUGCACGGAAGUCGUGCGACGAUUCUUAUUCUGUGCACGAUGAUGAAUUGUCUGAGAUUGGCCUCAUCGUCUCCCACUUCGACGAGCGUGAGACUCGGUGACGAGUGCAACCAAGAUCGGGAGUGUGAGAUCGGCAUCGCUAAUAGCCACUGCUACUUGGGUUAUUGCCAGUGUCAGUCCUUCUUCGCCGGUUACAAUGGAACCCAUUGUCUCGAAUCAACUCUACUGGGUAACGAUUGUCUCGUGAAGGAACAAUGCUCUUUGAAAGUGGCGAACAGCAGCUGUCUUGAGAGUGUAUGCAGAUGUGAGGAGGGACACCUGCAAUUUCGCAGACAUACUUGUCUAGGACCGGCUAAACUCGGUGAGGUAUGUUACGAGCACGCCCAUUGCCGUCUCUGGGAUCCCGAGUCUCAUUGCGAUUUUCUCAUUCCGGAUUUAUUCGGUCGCUGCCAAUGCACCGCUCCGAUGCGUCGCGAAGGCGACGUAUGCCGACUUGACAGUCUCGUGAGGCCUGUACCGUUUCCAGAGCAUCUACCUUCCACCGAAGAACCGAUAGAAGACGUCACUGGGACUGAACGCGACAAAGAAACUACCGUCGAAGGACAAAAAGGCGAGGCCGAAAAAGAACAAGACACAGGUGUUCAGUUAUCUUGGUUAAAGAACGCAUCGAUGCUUCUAUCGACGGAACCUUCUAGUCAGUUGAUACCGGUAAAUUUGGUGACAAGACUGUCAUCGAGUUUAAGACCUGGAUUCAACAAUCGUCCCGGACCAAAUGAACUGCCAGAUGAUGAUGAUACUAUUGUUAUCGAAGCGGAAGUUACUGAACCCGCUCAAGUUACGACAACCACAACAACUUUUGCGCCAAUAAAAACAGACCGUCACGAAAGUACGAUAAUGACGGCAGUCAGCUUGGGGCUGCCAUGCAUUGCCGAUUUGGAAUGUCGUAUGUCUGAUCCGAUGUCGCGAUGCAUUGGCGGCGUAUGCGAUUGCAGUUUUCCGAUGAACAGCAGUUGCAACGCACGGCGGGCUGGAUGUGCAUCGGGCACGUUUCAGUGCCGAUCAUCUGGAAGAUGCAUCAGCUGGUUCUUCGUCUGCGACGGUCGCACCGAUUGUGCAGACGGCUCCGAUGAAGAGUGCACUGGUCCUCGUUGCCCGGCGCAGGCAUUCAGAUGUAACGGCAGUGACAUUUGUAUAUCAAGGUCCGGACUAUGCGACGGCAACCGCGACUGUCCUCAUGGCGAAGAUGAGAUUGGUUGCAACAAUAGGCGAAAAUGUCCCGAAGGUACGUUUAGAUGCAACAAUGGUCAGUGUUUGCCAGCAUACGAAUUUUGCAACGCGGUAGUUUCCUGUAGGGACGGUAGCGAUGAACCCAAGGGAGCAUGCAGAACACGCAAUCGCGGUAGAAUCACUUUAAGAUACUGUCCGUUCAGAUGCGAUAAUGGAAGAUGUCGUUCUGACGCGAUAACUUGUAGCGGUCGAGACGGAUGUGGCGAUGGCUCCGAUGAGAAACGCUGUAACAUCUGCAGUAAGGUAACCGUUCGCGAUUUGAUGCAUCAAAAGGCCGUUGUUAGAUUCCUGGCUUAUUCGCUUCUGUAACUUGAUGUAAAGUCACGCUCGCGUGUAAUUAGAGCGAGAUGCAUCGAUUGUGUUGCUAUCUUCUACAAUAAUCUCUACACGCAUCCGGAAGAAUACAGCGAGAAAUUACAUAAAUGA